CGAUUGCGCUGCAGCUUUCCCGCGCUCCACGUGGAAGAAAUCUGGGACGGCGCUUGAGGCGGCUGAACAGGCCAGGCAAGGGAGGCCAGCCGGGCGGCUGCAGCAGGAUGUUUGUAGCCGGUUGUCCUGCCUGACUGGCAACGAGCCGCGCUUCCAUUCUUUCCGCUCCACAUCAACCUCAAGGCGGCGGCCCCUGCAGACACAGCCGCCUCCGCCUCGCCUCUCUGCACCUGCCGGGCGGCGAUUGCACAAGUUGUGGGCCGGGACAAAACUUUACGCUAAGACUUCGGUUUCUCCGCUCUGGCAAGUCCCCCUUCGGCCAUUUCCGCGUUGAGAGGAGCCUCCUCUCCACCACGCACCGUUCGCCGGCUGCUCCUGCUCUCUUUCCCUCCAAUGGUGCCUCCGUCUGGAUGAGAGAGCUCAGUAACUGCAAGUCUGCUGGCAUUAUUGCUGAAUGCCUGACUCAUUUGGUCUUUCAGUGGGUAAAGUUUACGGACAACGGAAUAUGAUGUUCAUCUACAUCGAAAAGCCUGCAAAAUAAAGUAUUACAGAAGUUAAAUGCCCUUCAGCACCAGUGAGGACAGAGCCUUGAAGCGAUGGAAAGACCUGGACAAGACCUGUCCGAAACAUCCCAUCAGGAGGACAAGGGAGAAGAUGAAACAGCCUCCGGCAUCCCUUCCCCUUUCUGCCUGAAUGAUGUAGAAACCAUGCAGGUGGAGAUGCUGGAAAAGGCCAGGGAGCUCUUCCGGCUCUGUGACAAGGAGGAGAAGGGGUUUAUAACCAAGCUCGACAUGCAGCGGCUGCAGAGUGAACUACCCCUUACUACUGAGCAGCUGGAAGCCGUCUUUGACAGCCUAGAACAAGACAACAAUGGCUAUCUCACCCCCGUUGAAUUCAGCAUGGGGCUUGGAAAGUUCAUAGGAAUUGAGCAGUACCAGAACUCUGGAAGUACUGGUCAUGAGGAAACAUUUGAGUCUGGCUGGUCAGAUGACCUGGACCAGGCAGAUGAGGAAGAGAAGCGGUUUUCAUUAAUGCUGGAGCAGCUUGAAGCAUCACAGGUGUUUGAAGAGCAAAGGGAGGUUCAGGAGCUCUGGGCUGGACUCCGGAAAGAACGUCCAGAACUCCUGGCCAGUUUUGAAGAGUUCCUCUUCCGCAUUUCCUCCUACAUCAGAGAUGUGCACCAUGAGAAAGAAUCCAUGCAGAUGGCAUUAAAACGGAGGGAGACAGACCAUGACAGAGAAAUCAGGUGCCUUUAUGAAGAAAUGGAGCAACAAAUUAAAGCAGAAAGGGAACGGCUUCUUUGCCAGGAGUCCAUGAAGCAAGACAAGAGCAACCUGCUUCAGAAAGAGCUGCAAAGCAAAGAGCAAGAAUUUGAGGCACUGCUGUAUCGCCAGAGAAAGCUGGAACAUCAAUUACAGUCACAGAACUCAGCGCAGCUGGAGAUGCGGGUCCAGAAUGAGCGGCUGCAGCUUCUCAAUGAAAAUCUGCUGGACCAGGUGGAGAGAAGCAAAUGGGAGCUGGAGGUUGCCCGAAGCCACCUGCAGCAAUUGCAGAAGAAAGCUGAGCUAGAGCAGGAGCAGAAGGAAAGGGACGUAUUUAGAGUCUCUAAGAAUAUGCAGAAAGAAAAACAAAGCCUUCUGCGACAACUGGAGCUACUCAGAGAGAUGAACAAGAAGUUGCGAGAUGAAAGAGAUGCCUUUGAAGCCAAGAAGCUGAUACCUGGACCAAUUGGCUUGUCACCCAUCCACAUCUUCAAAGUCGUGUUUCUUGGAAACUCUGGAGUUGGCAAGAGCUCCUUCAUCCAUCACUUCUGCUACGAUAGAUUCCUGCCUGGUAUCAGCCCAACCAUUGGCAUCGAUUACCACGUGAAGCGUUUGGUGGUUGGCCACAAACAGGUGGUGUUACAGCUCUGGGAUACGGCUGGGCAGGAAAGAUUCCAAAGUAUCACCAAGCAAUACUUCCGAAGAGCGGACGGCAUCCUGAUCAUGUAUGACAUCAUGGCAGAGAGCUCCUUUAUGGCCGUCCGAAACUGGAUAUCUUAUGCCCAGGACUGGAUUGGAGUUGGUGUCCUGGUAUUUCUCCUUGGAAACAAGAUGGAUAGAGCAGACAAAGAGGAACCAAAGGUGUCCAGGCUUGAGGGAGAACGGCUGGCAAAGGAAUAUCAGGCUGCCUUCUACGAGUGCAGUGCCCUGACAGGCUGUAACAUCCUGGAGCCCAUGCUGCACAUGGCCAGGCUGUUAGCAGCUCAUGAGGACAAGCAGCAAGAGCGGGCACGGCCCCUGGAGGAGUAUGACAAGAGAAAAGGGUGUUGCUUGUAACAGAGCGUGGAACGUCAGUCCGGAAAACAUCAGCAAAUCAAUCAGAGACCAGGAGGCAGGCAGAGCAGGCUACCUCCACACAAGAUAGCAAGAGCCAUUCUUGGCAGUACCGAAAAUAAUGGUGCAAUGUUUCUUUACUUUCUCCCUUACUUUUUUCCGUUCCUUAAAAAAAAAAAAGAGACAUAACAUCAUUUAUGCUUUGAAAUCACCCACAGAUGCUAGUCUGAGUAAUAUUCCAGGGACGCUUUAUUAUCAAUUCCUCCAUAAAAUGUAGAGGUUUGUUUUAGAGGGUCAAAAGAAGGCACUCUGUAACACCAGGAAAUAUACACAUCUGAGUAAUUGAACUAAAUGCAGUCAUAAAGAGUCAAGUACUCUAGUUGAGCCAGCUUAUUACCAAACUGCCCUAAACAGACUGGGAUGAAAGAGCCACCUGCCAGAGCAGGAAAGAGGCUGGGGAGCACCUGGUGGAGGUGGGGGGGGGGG